AUAUUGAAUAUAGAAUAUUCCAUAAUUAUAAAGAAACAAUAUUUAAUAUGCAUUUUGUUAUCGUUUAGAAAAUAUUCCAUAAUUAUAAAGAAACAAUAUUGAAUAUUAUUUUUUAAAAAGUGCACGGAGGGACAAAAUGAUAAAAAAUAAGAUAGCUAGUUAAUAAAGUGAUUUGACUUUACAUAGCUGCCCGGGCAGCAGCCGCCCGGGCAGGUAUGUAUGAUCAAAUCUCUUUAGUAUUAGCUAUUUUAUGUAACAAAGAGCAUGAACGCGGCUAUAUAAGCCGGUCGUGGUGUCCCUCGGCACGCGAGGUGGGACUAAAGAAGCGCCCCUCCCACCUCCCCUCGUGCCGUGACUCAUAGAAGGCAAAAAAAAUAGUGAUGUAAAAAAAAGCCCAACCGUGGUUGCAGGCCGCAACUGCGCGUAAUCGGUCUGGCCCGAUCAAGCAGGGCGGCGAAAGGGCCGGCCUUUUGGCCCAGCUACGGCCUGCAGCACAGUCAAACGGGGCAGUGGCGGGACGGGGCGGGAAUCAGAGGAGUUCGAAAGGGAGGUGGGAGGCAGGUAUAUAAGGCGGUCGCGGCGUCGUUCGGCGGGCGAGGUGGGACUAAACUUUAGUCCUGACCCCCGCCGACCCUGCUCCCGCACCGCACAGUCAAUGGGCCGGCCCACGCGCGCCGUCGCGCACAGUCACUGGGCCGGCCAACGCGCCCUGUCGAAGACUUUUUUUGUUUUUUGUUUUUUGUUUCAAAAUAAUAUUAAGUUUUUUUAGUUAUUUAUGCCUUUCGUUAUCGUUUAAUAAAUGUUCUAUAAUUAAUGAAAAGCCCUAUGUAUUGUACAAUUGUUAACAAGAUUUAUUAUAUUUAUGUAAUGUUCAUUAUUUAAUUUUUUAUGUGUUUUGCAUUAAUGGCUAAAGUUGUUUUCAUAAUAGUAAAGAGUUUUUUGUUAUAAUUUAUAAGUAAUAAUAAUUUGGAAAAGACCCUUCAUAAAAAACAAUACUUGAUAUAGAAUUUAUUAAGUAGUUAUAUUAAAAACAAUACUUAAUAUAGAAUUUAUUAUGUAAUUAUAUUAAAAACACUACUUAAUAUAGAAUUUAUUUAGUAUUUAAAUUAUAAGAAAUUCAUACGGUGUCGGAAAAUUAUGAAAACUUGCAUGCAUGAUGGCCCUGGUGAUGCUGGCGUGUGGAAACAUUUGGGGUCCACCGGCUGAGUCAGAAAAGGAAACGCAGUACGGAGCUGACCUCCUUCAUAUCCGAUCAAUGCCGGUUGCAUGGGUGGUACGAGGUGGCAUGCAUGAAACGUCACCCAAUUUUGGGGGCAGUGGGCAUGCCCAUCUUAGGGCCCCACGCAAGAUUUGAACGAAUUCGGACACCAAACGCAUGUUACAUCACACCCGGUCAGUGUUUUCGGUGCGUUUCAUGGAAAAAACCAUAAGAAAUUCAUACGGUGUCUGAAAAUUAUGGAAACUUGCACGCAUGAUGGCCCUGGUGAUGCUGGCGUGUGGAAAAAGUUUGGGGUCCACCGGCUGAGUCAGAAAAGAAAACCCAGUACGGAGCUGACCUCCUUUAUAUCCGAUCAGUGCCGGUUGCAUGGGUGGUACGAGGUGGCAUGCAUGAAACGUCACCCAAUUUUAGGAGGCAGUGGGCAUGCCCAUCUUAGGGCCCCACGCAAGAUUUGAACGAAUUCGGACACCAAACGCACGUUGCGUCACGCCCGGUCAGUGUUUUCGGUGCGUUUCACGAAGAAAACCAUAAGAAAUUCAUACGGUGUCAGAAAAUUAUGAAAACUUGCAUACAUGAUGGCCCUGGUGAUGAGUGCGUGUGCAAAAAAUUUGAAUGGUUGAAUUAGAUAAAAAACGCAUUAAUAUUUUCUAUCGUUAAAAAUAUAUUGGAGAUAAUGGCUCUCUUUUUGAAGAAUAUGCAUGAUCCAUGUGAACCUUCACAAGCUCUGAGCAGGUGAAGACUCACAUCGAUCCUGCAUAUCCUCCAAAUAGAGUCCCACAAACUCAGAUGUUUGUUCAUGGAGCAAAAGAAAAGUAUAUAAAGGAGUCAACGGCGCGCCGGCUUAGCGAUGUGGUAUUAAACUAGAACUGUUAAAGUACAAUGAAUGUUUUCAAUAAAUGCAUCAUGGGCCAGCCGACGGUAGUAUUACGGGACGGGCCAAGGGGCCCACUAUGGCGUGACCACGUCUAUGACGCCGUACGUGCGUGCAUGGGCAUGGAAACCACGCCGCCAUUACCUCGCCCCAGGACCGCCUAACCCCGUCGCCUCCAUGCACGACCUCACCCGAUCCGACGGUCGCACCGCCAUGGCCGUCCCAACUCCCUUCCUUGCCGCCCUCACGACGGCCAUACACUCCGGCAUCUACGCGUGCGACUUGGAUCUCGGCCCGGCCGGGCCGUCUCGGCAAAGUCGCCCGCACCCAGAACCCUAGGGCGGGCCGUCGGCCACCGCGGUGGUGUGGGCAGAGGGCGCGCGGCUGCCACGACUAACCCACACCGGGUGGGGUUAGCCAACGGAGGCCGCCGGUGCACCUCGUGGCGCCGGAAGGUAUGGUAUUAAACCAUAUGUAAUGUUUUUUGAAUCUCGUAACUAGUUAGAUAACUUUCAUCUUAUUUAGAAUGCAAGAAUUCGGAGAUGUGUACUGCUCGGUUGAGAAGUGGUGCGAAUUGGUGGGAAAAUUCACACCCAGACAGCGCAUGAUGCUACGUGGCACAAAUUUGGACAGUAUAUGUUGAGAAUUCCUUCAGUGAAAAUGAGGAAAAAUUUAUUGGAAUUUAUGAUUACAACGUAUGAUAGUAGUAGAAAGCGAUUUAUUAUUCAGCCAAAUACUGACGGCAUCAGUGUGCUUAAUGAAGAUGUUUAUGACAUAUUCGGGCUACGUAACGAGGGUGAUGAUGUCAAUAGCAUGAUAGCAACAGUACAACUAAACGCCAAAAAAUUGUUCCGAAUCGGUUUCUAGACAAAAGAACAGGCCUAAUCCUCAUCGAUGACUUGAUAAAAAAUAUUAUUGAUAGUCAGUCAUAUGAUGAUGAUUUUGUGAGAAGGGACGUACUGGUUCUUAUGGGUACAGUCUUAGCACCACAAUCCACCAAGUUUGUUCCUUAUCGUUAUUACAAAAUGGUGGAGGACAUGAACGCUAUCAAGUCAUACAAUUGGAACGAUUUCACGUUGGGGGUGUGCAUGGAUGCUAUUAAAAAACGGUCGAAGAUCUUGAAAAAUUCAAGUGGCCUAUUGGGAACUUGGCUCAUCUCCAGUAUAUAUACUGGGAAAAACUUGAGCCAAUUGGUGUGGAUACAUUUGAUCCUUUGUCUCGUGAAUACCCACUAAUGCUUAACUGGCCAGAAACGGAAGGGAAAAAGCGAGACGACUAUGACAACAUGCACGGGCGGGGUACCGGCAAUGUAAGUCAAUAAGUAUAAUCCUUAUUGGUUUCACAUAGUAAUUAAGUCAAUAAGUAUAGUCCUUAUCUGUUUGCAUCUUCACCACAUUCAAUUCUAGCAAGUUCUCUUAAUAUGACUCCGGAUCACAUAGAGGCAGCCAAAGUUUUUGUUGAGACUCUUGCAUCGUCAAAGAAGCAUGCACACCGAACCGUGGUUGAUGUGCCGCCAUCAGAUGGGGACAUAUGCACGCCAGCUAUGCUUCACGAUGUCCUAAUGUUUAAAUGGUUGAAUGGCGCUAUCAUCAAUGCAUAUUCUAAACACCUACAACACCGUGAUUUUUCUGAUCGUUACAUAUCAACAACGUGGUUCCCCAAAUUUAAGUUGAAUAGGGCAAGGGGAAAGACCAAGUCAGUAAAUGAUAUAGACUCAGAGAAUCUUACAAAGAAAACAAAAGUCCUCACAAGAGUAAUGGAUGAGUAUUUCAGACGGGACAAGGCGUAUUUUCCUAUGUACGUUAAUGAUAAUCAUUGGAUAACCAUAGUGAUGCACACCGUCAAGGAGGAGUUUCAAGUUCUUGACUCAAAUUCUAAAGGCGCAAUUAGCCAAAGAAUUCGCAAUAUGAUUGCCAUCCUGAGAGCUGAAAUUUCUAAGGAUAUUAUGAAGGCCAACUCAACUCUUGAAGCAAAAAAAAUUCCAGAUGUCUCAUCGUGGCCAAUAAAUGAGUACAAAAUGCCGAGACAAAAAGAUGGAGUGUCUUGUGGAAUUUUUGUGAUGUGGUGCAUAAAAUACUGGGACGGAGAUCGCUGGACAUAUGAAUUUGACCAGGAAGAGAUUAAUGCGUCAAGGCCACGUAUUGUCGCGGAAAUUAUUUUUUCAGAGGUGAACAAAUUAGAGAAGGUCAAGAUGAAAAUUGUUAAAAUCAUGGAGAAGGAAUAGGUAUUAGCAUCGGUAGGGUUUUAGUCCCGUAGAAGGUUUCUCUGCCGUUGUUGGGUACUUUAUUCGAUUGUAAUGCGACAUGGCACUUUCAGUUUAUUUGUUUUCCUACUUUGUUAAAGGAUAUGAGACAUGGCACUUUCAAUUUAUUCCUUAUGCCACCUUGUUCAACGUUA